AGGUAAUUAUAGAGACAGUAAAGUCUUUUUUUGCCAGGAAAAAUAAAAUGCUGGGUGUCUCAUGAAAUUUCAGAAGACUUCAAAAGGAUCGUAACAGAAAGGAAAUAAAACAGCAUGGUGGACUGCUUCGUGGGAUUUACAUGAAAAUGAGCAGGCGUAAUUGCUGGAUUUGCAAGAUGUGCAGAGAUGAACCUAACAGACUUCCUUCGAACCUCACUUUGGAAGAAGUAUCAGAAUGGGCCCAAUCUUUUGAAAAUUUGAUGGCAACAAAAUAUGGUCCGGUAGUCUAUGCUGCAUAUUUAAAAAUGGAGCACAGUGAAGAGAAUAUAAAAUUCUGGAUGGCAUGUGAAACCUAUAAGAAAAUUGCCUCACGAUCAAGCAGAAUUUCUAAGGCCAAGAAGCUUUAUAAGAUCUAUAUCCAGCCACAGUCUCCUAGAGAGAUUAACAUCGACAGUUCAACAAGAGAAACUAUCUCCAGGAACAUUCAGGAACCUACUGAAUCAUGUUUUGAAGAGGCUCAAAAAAUAGUGUAUAGGCAUAUGGAAAUGGAUUCCUAUCCCAGGUUUCUGAAAUCAGAAAUGUAUGAGAAACUUUUAAAAACGAUUCAGUCCAACAAUUCUUGAAUAUCCCAGAAGUUUAAAUUGAAGGUGAUGUAUUACCAGAACCAUCUUUGUUUUUUCUAAGUAAAGAGAACAAAUCACAAAAUGGGAAAUAAAUAGGGGCAUGACAGAAAUCAAGCUAUAAAUUGAUUUCUGGUUUCUAAAGAGAAAUCGAUUCUAAAAGGAAUGAACUUUAGAGUUCAUAGGACAUACAUAACACACUUUAUAGCAUACCACAUAGCUCUAUUAACAAAUGAGAAAAGAGAGGACUUUUCUUCAUGAUAUAAAUAUUAUAACAUCUUUACUAUAAUAAUACACUAAUGAUUACCUUCUUAUUCAUGAAAUGUUUGCAUCAAAUUCACAAAUUACUUCUUUAAAACUGUAGCUUGUGAACUAUGUCUCUAUUGUAAAUGUGUUUUACAAACAGAAAGACCUUAGUACUUGAAUAAAACAAACUUGGUUCUCACAGAACAACCAAUGAACUUUAUCAUAAGCAAUACUGAAACCUUAUGUUCUUGAGAUAUAUUUUAGUUUGUAGUAUGUUCCUAUCUAACUAUCUAUCUAUAUCUCAUAGACUGUAUGGAUGAAAAAUGCAAUGAUUUCAUGAUCUUAAAAUAUCUGUGAAAUUUUAAAUGGAGCUUUGUACUUCUACUAAUGGGAAAGUCGAAAAUUUUGUGUCCAAUAUCUUGUGAUUUUCUUUCCUCUUAAUAUAAGUUUAUUGUGGUCUUGGUAAUUUGUACAUGUAAGUCUAAAUUAAAAUUAUAAUUACAUGUAUCUUCAAAGGAACAAUAAAUAGAUUAUUCUAGUAUA